GCCGAACACAGAAAAGUAAAAAUGGACAGAAGACAAAGAAUUCUUCUGCAGCUGUUUAGCUUUGCUGCUCUUCUUGCUUGUGUUCAGGGUUUUGCUAGUUACUUUUUCGAGCAUCUAGUGGCCUCUAGAGGAACUGCAGCUUAAAACACUGCACAUGGGCAGUGUCAGCAAGGCUGGAGGGAGUACGAGGAUAAAUGUUACUUCUUUUCAACUGAUACAAAGUCAUGGUUCGAGGCUAAUGCAUUUUGUUCGGAGCAGAACAGCAACCUGAUGAGCAUUGAGGACGUUCAUGAGAGGUUAUGGGUGAGGACACAAAUCAGCACAGAGAUCUACUGGAUCGGCCUGACUGACCAAGCCAGAGAGGGUGUCUGGGCGUGGAGUGAUGGGAGUCCUUUCAUCUCAUACCUAUCAUACUGGCUGCUAGGCCAGCCUGAUAACUGGGGUGAUGACCCUGGGGAGGACUGUGGUCAGGUGCUAGGAUCCAGCAUGGGACGGUGGAAUGAUGAAAACUGCAGUGUUAAGAGGAAAUAUAUCUGCAAGCACCCCAACCCCAAUCCUGCCCCACGGUGUGACUUAGCAAACGGGUGGAGACAGCACGGCUCCAACUGCUAUAAGCUGAAGGCAGACACCAGUAAGAGCUGGACAGCAGCCAGACAUGACUGUGUGCGGGAAGGAGGAGACCUGGUGUCUGUUAUCUCAGCAGAAGAAGAGCAGUACAUCACAGGAACCCUGGACUCAUCUCAUUUUGACCUCUGGAUUGGCUUUUCCACUCUGAAAUGCAACAAGAUAUCAUGUCAAGUUGAAGCAGGGAACAGUCAGUUUACUUGGUCUGACGCUCACCAAGUGCAGUACACAAACUGGGCCAGUGGUCAACCAACAGUUGAUACACAGGCCGGAUCAUGUUCUGCAAUAAUGAAAAAUUCAGCAGAGGAAUUUGGGAAAUGGAGGUCCACUGUGUGCAGAUAUGAGCGUCCUUACAUGUGUAAACGACCACUGAACACCAUCUGCCCUCCUGGCUGGCUGAGUUUUGCUGGCAGUUGUUACUGGCUGGUCAGUAACACCAAUCUCUUGACCACCUGGCACGAAGCCCUCACCAAGUGCUCUGAUAUGGGGGCCCACUUGCUGAUUAUAAACAGUCAAGAAGAACAGUACUUCAUAAAUGGGUACCUUCCAGACUUUCACCAAGUGGACAUUCCUGACAUCUGGAUUGGUUUAUCAGAUAAGGACCAGGACGGGCAAUUCAGAUGGGUGGAUAAAACCGCCGUUACGUUUUCUAACUAUGGUUCUGGUUGGCCCAGAAACACUGCAGGCCUCUGGGACUGUGGACAGAUCUUCACAGGAAAUUAUGACGGCAAAUGGGAAACAACCAAUUGCUUCAAGAGCCUGGGUUACAUUUGUGAGAUGACGGGGGGACAGAACCCGAAACCGACUGCAGCUCCUGAUUCCCACUGUGACCCUGGAUAUUUGUUGUACGGGGACUCCUGCUAUCAUUUUGAGACUGAGACGGUGAAAAACUGGCAGGACGCUGAGGCUCACUGUACCGGACAGCAGGGUCACCUGGCCAGCCUCCACUCGCAGGAAGAGCUGAGUUUCCUCACUGCUCACAUGCCAGGGGAAGCCUGGCUGGGACUGAAUGACAUCAAUGUUGAAAACCAGUUUGUAUACACUGAUGGCACUCCUGCAGAUUUCCUCCCAUGGGCUCCACACGAGCCAGACAACUGGCAGGAUAAUGAGGACUGUGUCUUCCUCAGAGGGAUGAAUCACCAUGAACCUGGGAAACUGAACGACGACUUUUGCACCACUGCAAAAGAAUUUAUCUGCAAAAAAGCCAAGGGACAAGGACCUCCUCCCCAGCCCCCAACAUCUGGACCAGGGUGGAAUGAGAAAUGUGGUUCUUGGAUGUCUGACCCAUUUAAUGACUACUGUUACCUGUUUAACUACUUGUCAAUGAGGACGUGGGCAGAAGCUCGAGCUGACUGUGUCAACCAGGGAGGAGACCUCAUCAGUAUCACUGAACCCUUUGAACAGGCGUUCAUACAUGGUGUGAUCCAGCAGAGUCCCACGGGGAUCUCUCUGUGGAUGGGCGGCCAUGACUCCGUCACUGAAGGUGGCUGGGAGUGGACAGAUGGCUCUCCUUUCAGAUACAUCCACUGGAACGCAGGUAACCCAGACAACUACAACGGUGAAGACUGCCUGUCUAUACUUAUUAACAACGGCUACUGGAAUGACGACAACUGUGAGUUCAAAAGAGGAUACAUCUGCAAGCGGAGAGGAAAUACACCCAAGCCUCCUCCACCUCAUGAUGGUUUUAUGACAGCAAUCGUGUGCCAGGACUCCUCCGCUGUCCUUCACUGCCCACAUGAAAGUGUCAUCAACAUCCAGUCUGCUUUCUACGGACGGAAGAGUGAUGACAUCUGUCCACACCUGGAUGGAUCAGGAGGAAGCUGCACAGUGGAAGGUGUCCUUCCUCUAUAUAGAAAGUCAUGUGACAACCGUCCCUUUUGCUUUGCGUUCGCCCACAUGGAGGAGGACCCCUGUCCCACUGUUUCCAAGUACCUCGAGAUCACCUACAGUUGUGAACAGAAAGUGUGUCUGCACGGUCUGGGUGUCGAGGACAGGAACAUCACAGACUCUCAGCUCUCUGCUUCCUCCUCUAUUGGUCUCUUCACUCCCAACAGAGCCCGUUUGAAUGGAAAUUCUUGCUGGAUGCCGUCAGGAAACCCAACUUCAAGCUGGAUCCAGGUAAACCUGGGCCAGACCAGAAAAGUAACAGGGAUAGUGAUCCAGGGUUGUCCUCACAAUGACUACUGGCUCACCAAAUUUAAGAUCCAACACAGUAUGGACGGAAGAAGCUGGACUGACUACACUGCUGACGGGCAGUUUUUCCCAGGCUCCACAGACAGAAACACCCCUGAUACUCAGCUGCUGGGUACACCUGUGUCAGCUCAGUACGUCCGCAUCCUCCCGCUGGAGUUCAGCGGUCAGGCAGGUCUCCGCUUUGAUGUCUUAGGAUGCACACCUCACUAUGCAAUCACAUGCGCUCAAACGCCUGACUUCAACUUUCAUGGGCUGACUGUCCACUGUCCAGCAGGCUGUGCUGACGAUAAUUACAUAGUAUACGGCUCUUCAGUAUAUCGUGGGGACUCCAACAUCUGUGCAGCAGCUAUCCAUGCUGGAGUGGUCCUUAAUGAUAUCGGAGGAGAUACUGUUUUGUUGAAAACUCCAGGAAACGGCUUCUACGCUGGCUCCACCAGGAACGGCAUCACUACGAGACAAUAUGAUGGAGACUAUGAUGUGUCUUUCACUUUUGCAGAUGGAGAGCUCAGAUGUUCAGGGCCUGACUGGUAUGAGUUCGGAGAGUUCUGCUACAAACCGUCUAGAGACAGAAAGACAUGGCGUGAUGCUCUGCACAGCUGCAGGAGUCUUGGUGCUGAACUCGUAUCCAUCCUCUCGAUGACGGAGCAAAGCUGGCUGGAAAGCUACCUGUACUUGGCCACCAGUAACAUGUGGACUGGUCUAAAUGACGUUGCUGUGCCCGGUUUGUUCACCUGGUCUGAUGAACACAUGGUGACCUUCACCUACUGGGCUCCGGGAGAACCCAACAACAACAUCGGGUCCAACAACGACUGUGUUGAGAUGUUACAACAGACAGGCAGAUGGGACGACGUAUCCUGCACCAAACUGAAUACCUACAUGUGCAAAAUGCCCAAAGCACAUUACCCAUUGCCCUCUGUGAAACCCACCGUAUACGGAUGCGCUCAGGGCUGGGAUGCAUACGGCUACGCCUGUUACUGGUUGGAGGAGACCGCCAGGAGCUGGUCAGAUGCUAAGGCUUUCUGUAAAGAGAAGGACGGCUUUCUGCUGCACAUUGGAGACAUUUAUGAGCAGUCGCAUUUCACAGUGGCGCUGUCAGGAAAGACGGGUUUGUGGUGGAUCGGGCUGCGUGCUCAAGGAGGGACCACCGGAGGGGUGGACUACAUCUGGGAGAACGGCUCACCUCUCACCUUCACCCACUGGGACAGAAACCAGCCAGAUAACGGGGAUGGUACUUGCGUGGCUAUGACAACUGGUCAGGUUAGCGGUUUCUGGGAUGACAAGCAGUGCUUAGAGAAACACUUCUUUGUUUGUGAGAAACCCAGAUCUGACAUCACCCCACCCACCAAAGCCCCGACUCCUCCUCCAUCACAGGGCUGUGCUGACGGCUGGACGGCCCUGCCCCACUUCAGGAACUGUUACAAGCUCUUCCACAACGUGAAAUGGUCCCUGAGGAAGAGCUGGGGAGCAGCACACGAAGACUGCGUCGCCAGAGGGGCUAAUCUGGUCAGCAUCCACAAUCAGGAGGAGGAAGACUUCCUGUCUCUGUACAGCAAGGGCAGCAGCAAGUGGAUCGGCCUUAAGGACAACCCCACAGAAGGAGGCUAUUCUUGGAGCGACGGCUCACCUCUCUCACACACCAACUGGGGUCCCGGGGAGCCAAAUAACCACAUGGGCCGUGAGGAGUGUGUAGAGAUGGUGAGCAGCACCAACGGGAGUUUCUCCUGGUGGAACGACCUCAACUGUGACGCUCACCAGGACUGGAUAUGCAUGAUCGCUAAAGGAAAGAACCCCAUUCUGCCCCCGGUGCCCCCACCUCCUCUUCCAGCUCCUGAUUGUGGUAGCAACCCGGGCUGGAGGAAGAACAACAACAUCUGCUACUACUACAACGACACCGACAUCGUGGACUUCCCCACGGCUAUGAGACGCUGCUACGCAGAGAAGGCCUCACUCGUCUCCAUCCUCAACAAAGACGAACAGGCCUACGUUAACAGCAUGGUGGGGACGGGCCAAGUUUCUGCAGCCUGGAUUGGAUUGAGGAUGGUUGGUAUUACAAGUGGACACUACAUGUGGGUGGACUUCUCCCCUGUAACAUACGUUCACUGGGGUCCAGGUGAGCCCAACAACGCCAACGGGGAGGAACAGUGUGUUCAGAUGAACAGACAUCAAGGCGGAUGGAACGAUGCCAACUGCGGUCGUGCUGGAGCCGGUUACGUAUGUAAGAAGUUCCCCGGAGAAGUUCACACCCCUCCUCCACCCACACAGCCCUGGGAGGGCAACUGCCCCGCAGGCUGGAUGCGUUUCAAGGAUAAAUGCUUCUUAUUCAAAGGGAAGAAAGACGAUAUUAAAGGCAACUGGUCAUAUGCUCGGAGUUGGUGCAGAGACCAGGGAGGAGAUCUGGCAGUUAUUGAUGACCAGUAUGAGAACGACUUUGUGUCUAGUUACUUGAGGGACCUAGUGCACCCCGCGUGGAUCGGUCUGUCAGAUAUCUUGGUAGAGAAUCAGUACGCCUGGAGUGACGGAGUCAGCCCAGUACUGUACACCAACUGGAACGACAAGGAGCCCAACAAUGCAGGAGGAGCGGAACACUGUGUAGCAAUGACUCACUACCACCUGGUGACCGGCAAGUGGAACGAUGAAGCCUGUCAUAGGGAUCAAAGCUUCGUCUGCUACAGGAAGAAAUCGAGCAGCAUCAGCCCUCCUCCCCCUACAACGAGCCCCUGCCCCGCCGGCUACAUCUCCUGGUACCUGAACUGCUACAAGCUGGUGGAGGAGGCGGCCACCUGGGACGCGGCUCAAACGACGUGCCAGCAGCAGGGAGGCAACCUGGCCAGCAUCGACAUGAGCUACGACCAGGCCUUCGUCGCCGGAGUGGUCUUACAGGGGAAAGCGGACGUCUGGAUCGGACUCAGGCGCAAGGAUAACGGCUCUUACAUGUGGACAGACGGCUGGCCAGUUUUUUUCACUCAGUGGGGACCAGGAGAGCCCAGUAACAUCAAGGACGAGGGCUGCGUGAGUAUGCACGCGUCACGAGCGUUCCACGGGACCUGGAACGACACAAAGUGCAACCAAGCUAAACCCUUCAUCUGCAAGAUCUCCUCCGAGAAUCCGCCACCAACUCCCGCCCCCGGUGACGGGAAGUGUCUGCCGUUUUGGAUACCCUACGGCCGCCACUGUUACUACGUGUACAACGAUAAGCUGGGCUUCUCUUGGCCGGACGCCCGACAUUACUGCCAGACGGUCAGGGCGGAGCUGGCGUCCCUCCACAGCAGAGCGGAGGUGGAGUUCAUCAGGAACAUCAACAUCACCAAACGUCACAACAUCUGGAUCGGCCUCACGAGGGACAACAACUUCGGAUGGGGCUGGACAGACAAGACGCCUCUGGGCUUCCUCAACUGGGCUCCGGGUGAGCCCAACGCGGCGUUUCACCCCGGGGACGUGGCCGAGGAGAACUGCGUGGAGAUGUACCACGACGGGCGCUGGAACGACAACAACUGCCUGCAGAAGAGAGGUUUUGCAUGCCGCCACCGCCAGUUCUAUGUAACAGAUGAUGGCGGUAAUCCCAUUUUUCCCACUGAUGAUCCGGGUGUCAGCAACGGAGGGGUGAUAGCCGGCGCCGUCAUUGCAGCCGUUGUGAUUGCCUGCUUGAUAUUCGGACUUCUCUACUACACCUUCAUCGUGCGAGGAUAUAAGCUAAGCAGCUUGAGCCUGCCGAAAAGAACGACCACUACCGCUAAUGUGCCUGCUUUCGUCAACCCCAACUUCGCAGGAGAAUCAGACACAUAAAACAUCAUUCAAGUUUUGUACAGUAUAUCGAACAUGAUGCUUUUUUUUUAAAAACAAAUCAGUGAUGAUGUAGUGUGAAUGUCUCCAUAGUUUAAACAGCAUUGUAUAUAUUUUAAUACAAAAAUAAAAUGUAUUAAAAUAAACCUUCAUUGUCUCUGUA